AUGCUCCGCUCCAUCUCGUUCGGCCCGGAUUUCGAUUGUUUUUGCUGCGCCACCGAUCAGGGCCUCGUGGUUUUGAAUUCGGACCCCUUGAAAGUGGUGUGCAGGGUGGAUUUCGGCGGCUCGUUGCAGGCGGCCGAGCCAAUUUUUCGAUGCAGUCUGGUUGCAUUGGUGGCUGGGGGAGAAAGGCCGGCAUUUGCUGAGAAUAAAGGUAAGCUCAUGCUUAGGUUUGUUUAGGGGAAAUAUUGACAAGAAAUUUUUUUUUGCGCGACACAAAAUUCAUUUUUUUUUGUUUACUAAAGGCCUACAAAGUUUUAAAUUUUGAUUAUUUAGAAGUUUAACAAAUGCUAAUUAAAGUCUUAGAAUUCAUUUCUGAAAGUGUUCACUGACAAUUUUCAGUAGAAAAAAUAUUUUUUUUGCGAUUUUGAAGAGCAAAAAAUGGAUAAAAUAGCUAAAGAAACCUUUCUGCUCAAUAUGUUCGUGCAGUUUUUGGCAAAAAUGUCAUUUUUUUAAAUAAUGGGAUGUCAAAAAAAGUUAAUUAUUUUUCUCGUUGAAACCACCUAAAAAGAGCUAAGUUUGUGGUAACUUUCGACUUAAAAAAAAUCGACGGUAUUUGCAAAACGCGAUCGAAAAAUUUGAUAUGGUUUAUGUCCCCCACCUGAGCUUUACAUGCCAAAUUUUCGUCAGGCUUCGUCAAAACUUAUGCGUCGAAUUUUGAGCAUCUAUCUGUUUAUUGUAAAAUACGGCUCCGCGAGUUAGUGGUGUAGCUAUCUCAACCAAAGCUUUCAGUCCUCAUCUACGACGUGUGUCUGCAAAAGAUCGUCAUCGAGCUGAACCUCCCCUCCAAGGUGGUUGGGGUCAAAGUGAAUCGUCAUCGGAUCGUCAUAAUCUUGGAGUAUCAAAUUCAAGUGUUCUCCUUUUCCGACAUUCCCGAAUUUCUAAUCUACUUCGACACGGCGUUCAAUCCCCGAGGGAUCUGCGAAUUAAGUCAUUGCGAGUCGGAAUUGCUCGCAUUCCCGUCGGUGGUGAAUGGGCACGUGUCCGUUUGCCGACUGAACCAGGAUAAAAUACGGACGACUACGAUCAGGGCACAUCAACAUGCAAUUCAGGCUUUAGCUGCCAAUCAGAACGGUAAGGACGUCCUAAUGUAAGGAAAUGUGUUCUUGAGGAGGACCCGGACUUUGGCUGAGCCUUUUAUGGAGCUGAGUAUAAGAUUUUGCGAUGAGCUGAUAGCAAAAAUUUCACAAACCCGGAGCUAAUAGGAUCAAUAUCUUUGCUCUGUAAAAAAAUUUUUACGGACAGAAUUUUUUCCGACAUUACUUCCAAAGUACGAUGCCAUUAACAAAUUAAAACCCUGCCCAUAAAAGGGCUUAUCGAACGGUUUUCUAUCAUAUUUCAUACACAAUACAAUUUUUUAAGAUGAUUCACAAUAUGACUGUGAAAAGGGUAGGGCUUACGAAGUGCAGAAAAUGUUGAUCUCUGAUUAACUCAUACACAAAGACCCGAAAAGUUCAAGGUAGAGCGCGAUACGUUUUUGAAAAUGUCAAGUGCCAAAUUUUUGACAUUUGACAAAGUUUCAUGUAAAUGAAGACUAGGUUUUCGAAGGCAUAUGUAUGAUUUUGAUUGAUUAAAAUCGACCAGGACUCUGCAGUGACGGGCCUGAUCCAGUGGCAAAAUAUACCAUCUUGCAUCCGGGAAGUUUCAAAAAAUGUGGCAAAAUGCCUCCCUUUCCAACUAAAAGAACUCCGUUUUGAAAGGCUUUUCCUCACAAAAAGAGCGGCGGACUUUUGAAAUCGAAGUAUCUUCACUUGGAGGCGGAGGUAUUUUGCAACAUUUUUAAUGCUUCCCGGAUGCAAAAUGUUGUGUUUUUUGCCAAUGGAUCAGGUCCGCCACGGUAAAUCAUUGCCAACGAAGAAGUUUUAGGAUUUUCACAAAUGCUAAAAAUUCUGGAUUUUCGACGUGCGCCGCACUGGGCACGAAAAAAGGUCUGCACAGUGCAUUUGAUUUUUUAAACAAGAUCGCUGCGACACAACCCUUUUUCCAUUGCGCCGCCGCGAAAUUUGAGACAACUGCUAGUCUGUGGGCAAAAAUUUCGGUUGUUUCUGAAAAGGUGCAGCUGCAAAUUGCAUAAACUUUCAAUUGAUUUAGCAGUCGCUUCAUCACAAAAACGAUGUCAUAAGUUUACAGUUGAAAUUUCAGGAUCUCUAAUAGCCACCGCAUCGAUAAAAGGAACCCUCGUCCGUGUGUUCAACUCUUUGUCUGGCCAUAUGUUGUACGAGUUUAGACGGGGCUCGCAAAAUGCUUUAAUUUCAAGGUAAAACUUCAAGAAAUUAUCAUUGGUAGAAAACUGAGGCUUCCGAAGUUUGAAUCAAGCAAUAAAAUGUUUCUUUUUCAGUAUAAAUUUCUCCAAAGACUCGGCAUAUUUGUGCGUCUGCAGUAAUCACAGUACCAUCCAUCUUUUCAGUCUGUUCGAGGCGUUGGAAUCAAGGUAAAUUUUAUUUUAUUUUUUUUCAGAAAAAUCUUUGUUUUUUUUGUCAUAUUUGUUAUAUGUGACUGUAUUUUUUUAUUUUCAGUCUGCUCAAAAAAUUCUUCACACUAAAAGGCCGGCCCAGUCAGAUUCGAAUCCACUUAGGCAAUGAAAACAAAUCUCAAAAUGAUACUCUCAGGACACAAGCCGGGUUUAUGGGUAAUUCUCUUGUCGGUAAGUCGAUUUGCAUUACCCUGCCGGGGACAUUUUAUACGAAAAAUGAGGCUUAAGGAUUUUAAAAAUUUUUGAUGACAAAUCCUCGAAAUUUGGUUGUGAGAAAAAUGAAACGCAUAGCAAAUAUACAAAUAAUUUUAUGUACAAUUGUCAGUAUUAGAGUUGAAAUGUUAAAAAAAAAGUUUUCACUACGGAAAGUGGGUUUUUGCAACAGCUGAAAAAUCUCAUCGGAUAUGACCCCAAACUUGUUUUUUCUCCCCAAAAAAGUACUCUUUCCUGAUACAUUUUGGCAUGCAAAUAAUUAAUUACUACUUUAAAAAGUACCACCUUUACAAUUUGGGCUCUCCAAAAUACGAACUUUUCGGAAAUUUUCAAAAUAACGUGCGAUGUAAGAAUAAGAAAAAUAUGAUGUCAACCAUGUAUAAUAUAAUUUUGUUUGGUGUAAACAUACAUUAUAAAUAGCCUUCUAACUGGAGAUAUUUUCAGUGGUAGGUGCUGACGGCUCAUUCAGCCGAUACGACCGGUCGACUGCGACGCAAUUUUCUUGUGAAAUACGAAGGGAUUUAUUGGAAAUGAUUAGUUCGAAAUGA